GAAAUUGAUCGAUACGAAUAUGAAUAGUGAAAACGAAGUCAACGAAGCGAACGGACACAAUGGCCUGGGCGGUAAAGCACUCAGGGCAGGCGAAAACACCCCUGGGGAUGCCAUGCAGGUGUCUGAUGGAAUUCAUGGGUCUGGAGAUGGGCACAAACCGGACAGAUUUAACCCGCAGCUGCCGCAGGAUCCCUCUGAUGAUGACUCUGACGACUCGGAGUCCGGAGAGGACGAUCAGAGUACCGACAGCGAAGAAGAGGACAGUGACGACUCCAGCGAGGUAGAGGUUCAGUCCAAAAGCCACUUUGACGAGUUCUUCGAAGGCAACGCCCUAUUCACGUGCAAUGAACUCCUGGAAUAUCCACUUUUCACGCCGCAUUUCAUGUACCUGGAGUACCAGCAGACCUUCCUGGAGAUCCGGAAGCUGGUCGAGGAGGUGCCCAACGAGUUCAAAUACGAGAUAUCCGCGUUGCUGUACCCUAUGCUGGUGCUGGGUUACCUGCAAAUGGUGGUCGGCGGCGACCACAAGAUGGCCAAGCGCUUUCUGGAGGAGAACGAGGACUGCUUGGAGGAUAUUUACGACCGGAGCAUCGCCAAGCUGAGGCGUAUCCGCAGGCCCCAACAGGUGCCAGGCAGGGCCCUGGAGCUGCUCUUGCGCCGCGACUUGGUUCGCAUUGAAAUGCCACAGGCAGCCUCGAUCAAGUUCAGCGAGUACAGGGCAAAGUGGCCGCUGGACCAACAGAACGUGUUUAUAGGCCACAUCGCCAUCGACGACCUCGAGACCGCGCCACAGGAGCGUCUGUCCCUGCGUCGUCCCCCACUGGAGGUAAUCCGCUGGGCCGACCUGACGCACUCGUCCAGGAGGAGUCUGCACCUGCAGCCGUGCGACCAGCAACUGAGCUCGUGCUUCCUGAGGCCGCCCCUGCUCAACGAGUCGGAGGAGGUUAUUUGCGCGGUCCUCUUCAAGGACGGCUGCUGGGCGGCCAUUGCCAUUGACUACUUCGCGAUCCGCCUCGUCGAGGUGAAGCUGACCGAGUCCGUGACGGUGCUGAGCGUCCUCACCGGGCACAGUGGGAAGAUCGUCACCGGAGACUUCUCCCCGGACAGACGCUUCCUGGUCACCUGCUCCCAGGACGGCACCAUUCGCCUGUGGUGCCUGGUGCUCCAAAUGUGCGCGGGGAUCUACACGCAGCAGAGCCCCGUCCGCAGCGUCGUGUUCGCGCCGGUGACCGACUACUUUGCCGCUGCCUGCGAGGACGGCCUGGCACGGGUCUGGAUUAAGAGCUGCGACGAGCCCAUCCUCCGGAUCUGCGGCCACCUGGCGGAGCUGGAGGUUUGUCUCUACCACCCGAACUCCCGGUACCUGGCCACCGGCUCAGCCGACCUCACGGUCCGCAUGUGGGACGUGGCCAGCAGGGGAGAGCAGGUGCGCCUCUUCUUCGGCCACAAGGCGCCCAUUAGCGCGCUGGCCUUCUCCCGGAGCGGCCGCUACUUGAUCUCCGGCGGCCUCGACCACAUGUUCAUCAUCUGGGACACGACCGACGAGCGCCCUAUCCGGAGCCUGUCCUACCACAGUGCACCGAUCAGCACGAUCGACAUCGCCCUGGACGACAGCCGCCUGGCGGUGGGCUGCCGCGGCACCUACCUGAGCAUCUGGCACUUCGAGAACAUCCUCAAGCCGCACGAGCACCGUGAACGCAUACUGAUCCUCUCGCAUCCCAACGAGGCCGGACCCAUCCUCCAGUCCCGCUUCGUGAGUCUCGGCCUCCUGAUCUCCAUCUGCGGUCGUCAGCCAAGGACCAGAGCCCCCAUAAACAGAGCCAGGAAGUAG